UCUUUAAAAAAUGAUGAACAAUCCGCCAAAACUGAUGUUCAGAAGCUUCUGGAAUUAGGCCAGAAACAAAGGGAAGAAAUGAAGUCUCUUCAGGAAGCCCUACAAAAUCAACUUAAAGAGACAUCUGAGAAAGCAGAAAAACACCAGGCAACUAUUAACUUUUUAAAAACUGAAAUGGAAAGAAAGAGCAAGAUGAUCCGAGAUCUUCAGAAUGAGAAUAAAAGCUUGAAAAAUAAACUAUUGUCAGGAAACAAGCUGUGUGGCAUUCAUGCAGAAGAGUCCAAAAAAAUCCAAGCCCAGCUGAAAGAGCUCCGUUAUGGGAAGAAAGACCUAUUGUUUAAGGCCCAACAACUUACUGAUCUGGAACAAAAGUUAGCUGUAGCCAAAAAUGAACUGGAAAAAGCAGCUCUGGACAGGGAGUCACAAAUAAAGGCUAUGAAGGAGACUGUACAACUUUGUCUGACAUCCGUUUUUCGGGAUCAACCACCCCCCUUGAGUCUAAUUGCAUCAAAUCCAACACAGAUGUUACUUCCACCCAGGACAACCUCCUCUAAGAUUCUGGACGCCAGGACAAAGAGCAAGCUGCAACAAAUUGCUCCUCUUCGACACAAUGGACACAAUGAGAGUUCUCAAGUUGAGGCAACAAAGGAAGGAAAUCCAAGUACUACUGUCUGUGACUCUCAAGAAGCCAGCAGAAGCUGUUCCUUGAAGCAUAAAGAGAAACCUACAAGUAAUUCCACUACAGAAUCAGAGCCUGCCCCACAGAAAUUACAAAUGCUUCCUUGUUCUGAUUGUGAAGUGAAAAAAGACUCCAAAAAGCAAUUAAACAGCUUUGAAGGAAUGGCAGCUAGAGAAGAAAAAAUACUGUAAACAUCAAGAAACUGCGUGUUACAGAUAACCACUUGCUUUGCAUUCACACUCUUUUUAGAUCACAGGCUUGAUGGAAAUACUAUUUCUAAAGCAUGCAACUUUUCCACAGUUUUAUGUAAGUUUCUAGUCUACAAAUUUUCCAAAAGAUUCUAGGGCGAUUACAAUCCUUAAGCAAUAACCUAAUUGAAAUGAAUACCCACACUCAUAAAAAUUUCUUUGUCAUCAGUAGAUUACUCAAUGCAUAAUGAUCUGUUUGGAAACCAAAUGCAAUGUCACACAUAAUUCUUUUGGAAUAUUUGGGCAUCUAAUAUUUCUAUGAUCUGGUUGUUGAAAUUAACUGGAGCAUAAUAAAAUGUUAUGAGUCCUCAGCAUUCCUAGAACCAACACUGUAUCCAAAUGAUGAACAUUUUCAUCCAUAUUAGUCACUUGAUUAACUUUCUUCAAGGUUAGAAUUUGUAAUAGCAUGGAAUUUUUUUGUAGUGUUUAUUGUUACUAUUAUUUUGAACCAAAACUUACUACUGUCAA